AAAUAGAUUUCUUCUUCUGGGCCACUCACAUUUUCUCAAAAUGUCUGGAAUUGUUGUUGUGUUUGACUUCGACAAGACCAUUGUUGAUGUCGACAGUGAUAACUGGGUUAUUGAUGAGUUGGGUUUCACCGACUUGUUCAACCGGCUCCUUCCCACCAUGCCUUGGAACUCUCUCAUGGACAGGAUGAUGAUGGAGCUUCAUUCACAUGGUAAAACAAUUCAGGACGUUGAACGUGUUCUGCGUACGAUCCCCUUGCACCCUAGAGUCAUACCUGCUAUUAAAGCAGCUCAUGCUUUAGGGUGUGAUUUGAGGAUUGUGAGCGAUGCCAACAUGUUUUUCAUUGAGACCAUUUUGAACCACUUGGGGAUAAGAGCAUACUUUUCGGAGAUCAAUACUAAUCCUGGUUAUGUCAAUGAAGAAGGAAGGUUAAGGAUUUUACCUUACCAUGACUUCAACAAAGCUUCACAUGGCUGCACUUUGUGCCCUCCAAACAUGUGCAAGGGUUUAAUCAUAGACAGAAUCCAAGAAUCAAUUUCACAAGAGAACAAGAGGAUCAUAUAUCUUGGAGAUGGUAGUGGGGACUAUUGCCCAAGCUUGAGGCUGAAAGAGAAUGAUUUCAUGAUGCCAAGGAAAAACUUUCCUGUGUGGGAUUUGAUAUGCAAAGACCCUUCAGUUAUUAAGGCUGAAAUCAAUGGCUGGAGUGAUGGAGAAGAAUUGGAGCAAGUGUUGUUGCACUUGAUCAACAAAAUUUCCAUUGAGGAAAAGGCUCACUUAAUUUCAUCUGAUUGCAAACUACAAACUCUGUCUGUCUCUGCUUUGGAGUCUUUGCCCAAAGUCCUCCCAGUUCGGCCAUAAUUUCCUACUUUAUAGUAUCUAUAAAAAUGUAUCAUAAUAACUCAAAAGAGGGUUUUUCUUUUUUCGUUUAUUAACCCUACACUAAAUUAGCUAAUGUCGGAAUUGGUCCAAGGUGGCUGUCCAUGUUCCAACCAUAAUUUCUAUUAAAUAGUAAUACCUGUUUGCUUUAGAUC